AUGAAGUCACAAUUCGUCAGUCCUAUUUGUCCAAAAUUUGGAAAUAAGUCCUGUCCUCCCACCAACCGCCAUUUUCAUAUUCGAGUAAUAAUGUACUCAAUUAUGAUCGGAGCCAUGUUCAUCACUAUCUUUGGAAACUUGGUCAUAAUCAUUUCCAUAUCACAUUUCAAGCAGCUUCACUCUCCCACAAACUUUCUGAUCCUCUCCAUGGCAACCACAGACUUUCUGCUGGGUUUGGUCGUUAUGCCGUAUAGCAUGGUGCGAUCAGUAGAGAGCUGCUGGUAUUUUGGAGAUGGCUUUUGUAAAUUCCACACAAGCUUUGACAUGAUGCUAAGUCUGGCCUCCAUUUUCCACCUCUGCUCCAUUGCUAUUGACAGAUUUUAUGCUGUGUGUUACCCUCUACACUACACAACCACAAUGACCAUCUCCAUGAUAAAGUGGCUGCUGGCUUUUUGCUGGUCAGCCCCUGCUCUUCUUUCUUUUGGUUUAGUUCUAUCCAAGGCCAAUGUUUCUGUAAGUGCUCUCACCUGUGUGGGAGACUGUCAAAUUGCAGUGAAUCAGAGUUGGGUAUUGGUGGAUUUUCUAUUAUUUUUCAUCCCCACCCUUGUGAUGAUAGUUCUGUACUCCAAGAUUUUCCUCAUUGCUAAACACCAGGCUAGACAAAUUGAAAGUCUGAGCAAUAAGAUUGGGAGAUGCUCAGACAGCUACCAAGACAGAGUGGCCAGGAGGGAGAGAAAGGCUGCAAGAACGCUGGGCGUCGCAGUGCUAGCGUUUCUGAUCUCCUGGCUGCCUUACUUCCUGGAUGUCAUCACUGACGCCUUCCUAGGUUUCAUCACUCCCACGUGUGUCUAUGAAAUACUGGUUUGGGUUGCUUAUUAUAACUCAGCUAUGAACCCCUUGAUUGAUGCUUUCUUUUAUCCCUGGUUUCGAAAAGCCAUCAAACUCAUCGUCACUGGCAAAGUCUUGAGAGAGAAUUCCUCAACAGUAAAUUUAUUUUCUGGGUAA